CAACCAUACUUCUCCAAAACUCUCCCUUUCUUCACCACUCUUCUCUGUACAUAAUAAAUAUAAUAUAUAUAUGCAUCUAUACUUGGUAGUAGAGAGGAGGAUUCGUCUACGACAAUGCUAGAAUGGCUCAAUUCAGACAAUCGGGAACUGAGAGAUUCAGCGGCGGUCGCGGCGGAGCAGCUUCUUCCGAUCACGUAGCGAUCGGGAUCCGAAACAGCGUCGGAGGAGCUAAAGCUACUAACCGGUGGAGACGAUCCGUGCGAGCUGAUAAGAUUCGUCGACUUGGAAUCGGCUCUGUUGUGUUUGUUCUUUGCCUUGUCCUCCUUGUUACUGUUCUAGCUUACUAUUAUAUCUCUGGUUUCACUAGUAAUGGCUACGAUGAUAAAGGGUUUGAUUCAUACGAAGGUGAUUUUUUGACGAAUGUGACUAGAAUAGAUCCUUCAAAGGUGCUUGAGUUUGGUCAAGGCUCAGUUGUUCAUGGACGAGAUUCUAGGGAUUGGGAUAAGGAUGAUAGAAGAAGAGAUGUUGAUUAUAAUGAGGAUGGAGUUGAGCAUAAAUCUGAUGUGAAAAAGGAUGUAUCAGUGAAAGGGAUUGGUAUGUAUAAUGAAGCUGGAAGGAAUGAACUUAAGAUGUAUGAAGCUGAGUAUCAAGCUACGCUUGGGAAAAACAAAAGCGAUGUGCAUCAUGAAGGAGUUGAUAUUGAUCCUGAGGAUGAUGAUGCGAUUGAUUCUCAUGACGGGGAUGAGUAUGUUGAUUCUGGUCAUGAGGAUGACAAUGAAGAGCAGAGCAAGGAGAAGGUUAGCGAGGUUGUUCAUUCUAUGACUAAGCAACAGAAUAUUGAGAAGGAUGAUGGAGUUAUGUCGAAAAGGUCACUUGGGGAUUCUUCUCUUGUUAGUAAGGGUGGUAAGUCCGGGAAAGCGUCACGGUCUGAUACAAAGAGAAGAGGUCGUCGCAGAUCUUCAGGUUCAUGUGAAAUGAAGCUAUUGAAUUCUAGUCAACCAAUAGUGGAGCCCUUGAAUACUCGAAAAUCUGCUAGAUUCUCUUUACAGUACGUGGAAAGGGAAGAUAAACCUGGUGGAGAAGAACAGUGGGAGCCUAGAUUUGCAGGUCAUCAGAGUUUACAGGAGCGAGACGAUUCCUUCGUGGCGCAAGACAAGACAAUUCAUUGUGGCUUUGUCAAAGGCCCCAAAGGAUCUCAAAGCACUGGAUUUGACCUGACAGAAGAUGAUACUAAUUAUAUCAGUAGAUGCCACAUCGCUGUGAUCUCAUGCAUCUUUGGCAAUUCUGAUCGCUUGAGGCCUCCUGCCAACAAAAUGAUAAGUCGGUUGUCAAGAAAAAAUGUAUGCUUCAUUGUGUUUGUGGACGAGAUUACCAUGCAAACAGUUUCUGCAGAAGGACAUACCCCAGACAGAGCAGGAUUCAUUGGUCUGUGGAAGUUGGUUGUCGUGAAGAAUCUUCCUUACGCAGAUAUGCGGAGGGUAGGAAAAAUACCAAAAAUGUUGCCACACCGACUUUUCCCAUCAGCAAGGUACUCAAUCUGGUUGGACAGCAAGUUACGACUUCAGUUGGACCCACUACUCAUUCUGGAGUACUUCCUAUGGCGUAAAGGUCACGAGUAUGCUAUAUCCAAUCACUACGACCGUCAUUGUUUAUGGGAAGAGGUUGCACAAAACAAGAAGCUGAACAAGUAUAACCAUACUAUUAUAAAUCAACAGUUUGAGUUUUACAAGGCUGAUGGGCUGACCAGAUUUAACGCUUCGGAUCCGUUCAAGCUUCUUCCUAGCAAUGUUCCAGAGGGAUCUUUCAUAGUACGAGCUCAUANAAAAAUCUUACCGAAUUGA